CCCGCCAAACACGCCACCCACUUACACCAAAAUCCAACCACCAGAACGCCCCCCGACGAACACGGAAUAAACCGCCAACCCGGAAACAAACACCCAAAACGCUCUGCCAAGACGAUAUCCAAACCCCAGCAAAACACUCGGGUCUCUAGGGAGUCUCUAGAAACCCACCCAAUAUAUACUACAGUCUCUAUAUAUGGUCUCCGGCCCAAGCCCAGGCGCCCACAUGGCGGCCAUGAUGUCGUCUGUCAACCCCUUCACCCCGGUGACUCCCCCACCGGAAAGCCUCGCCUUUCCUAAACCUCCUGUCCCAAGGCCCUUUCAAAAUAGUCUCAAGCGCAAGGCUACAAUGCAAGAAGCCCUUGCCGGUCCUUCGAUACCUCCUCCUGCUCCUGCUCCGACUUCGCAGCCCCAGACGGCCUCAUCCCCUGCCGGCAGCUCCAGCCAGAGCGACUCGAAGUCGCCACCGCCUCCCAGCGUGGGCGGAGCCAACCUCGAUCCCAAAUACCUCGCCAUGGUCUCUCGCAUCGCUGCCUACUAUCAGCAGCGGUGCCAGGCCGUGGCCAACUACCAGCAGCAGAGGUGCCAGGCAUGGGCCAACAUGCACCGCCAGAGGUGUCAGGACAUGAUGCAAGCAUCCAUGCUGGUAGUGGCGUGGUACGUGAGGGAUCGCAUCCAACGACGACGCCGACGGGAGAAGAGGAGAUUCAAGUCGGGCCUGAGACGUCGCACAGCACAGCCCAAGAUCACCAGGACUGAGGUCGUCCGCCGCUGGGUGAAGCAGGUCCCGGAAACCCCAGAGUCGCCUAGCAGCGCCAUCACCACCAUGAUCACCGACCCGGCUGAGGCUGAGUUCUCCAUGGACAAGGACCCACAACCUGACAAGGACGCCAAGUUGUUUGAGAUGGCCGAUAAUCUCAUCAAGAGCCAGUACAAGAAAAUCGAGGUGCCCAUCAUGGGAGUCCUCAACUUCGACGAGAGCGACAACGACAGCGAGAGCGAGCCGGAGGAGCCGGAUCAGCUUGAUGAGAUGGACGAGGAUGACGAUGACCCCGAGGGAGAUGAAGAGUACUACGAAGUGGAAGACGACGAGCUCUACGAUGACGAUAUGGAGUACGAUGGAGAUGAUGGAUCCGAGGUGGUUCACCACGGGACAGGAACCGGUUCAGGCAGCCGGGACAAUGACCGGAGUGAAUCUUCAUGAUGACUACUUUUUUUUUUUCUUUUUUUCUUUUUGGUUCGGAUGGAAAAUUAAUGACGGCGACAACUCAUCUACACGUGUACUGUGUUUUUCUCUUUUUUACACCGGCGCAAACUGGCAGGCGGGUAUGGGUCC